GAAUCCCUUUGACUUCCACCAUUGUUUUCUUACCCUUCUCUCUUGUAUAUAUACACACCAUCAACAUGCACUUCUCUUACGGAACUACUAUAUCUUCUUUCUCUCUCUCUCAUCAAAGAAAUUUUUAGCAAAGGAUCAGUGUUAAUUGGUAACAAACACCAUGGGAAGAACACCUUGUUGUGAAAAAAAUGGAUUGAAAAAAGGUCCAUGGACUCCUGAAGAAGAUCAGAAGCUCAUUGAUUAUAUUCAGAAGCAUGGCUAUGGAAAUUGGAGAACACUUCCCAAGAAUGCCGGGCUCCAAAGGUGUGGAAAGAGUUGUCGGCUUCGUUGGACAAACUAUCUAAGGCCUGAUAUCAAGAGAGGUCGAUUCUCUUUUGAAGAGGAAGAAACAAUAAUCCAACUACAUAGCAUCUUGGGAAACAAGUGGUCUGCCAUUGCUGCUCAAUUGCCGGGAAGGACCGACAAUGAAAUCAAAAAUUACUGGAAUACCCACAUUAGGAAAAGGCUUCUCCGAAUGGGAAUUGAUCCGGUGACUCACAGUCCUCGUCUUGAUCUUCUUGAACUUUCUUCAAUUCUAAGCUCAUCUCUCUACAACUCCUCUCAAAUGAAUCUUUCAAGGUUGCUAGGUCUCCAACAGCCCCUUGUUAACCCGGAAAUCCUAAGGCUAGCCACUUCUCUUUUAUCGUCUCAGCAAUGCGAAAACCCUAACCCUAAUUUCCUUUUGCAAAAUGUUCAAGAAAACCAAGUUUGCAAUCCCAAUCAAGUCCAAAAUCAAUUGGUUUUACCUAACCAAAAUCAAACCCUACUUCAAGAAAUUGAAGAAAAUCAUGAAAUUCCAGUUUGUACCACAUUGAGUACACCUUGUGUCCCAUUUGCUAGUGAUGCCCAACUCAUGGAACCAAAUGUGCACCAAUUCUCAUCAAAUCUAACCGACUUUAGCUCCCAAAAUUGUCAGUUAAAUCAUUGGCAAAGCCAUGAAAUGCCUUCUAACUUGACAGAAGACUAUGGAGCUCUAUCAAGCUACGGCUAUUACGCGUCUGAUCAAAGCAUCAUGGACCCUCAUCCAUCUGAUCAAAACUCAAAUUUCCAAUCCUACAACAGCAAUAACUUCAGCUUUGCAUCUGGGUUAUCAACUCUAACAACACCUUCAUCGAGCCCGGCACCGUUGAAUUCGAAUUCCACAUACAUCAACAGCAGCAGUACUGUUACUGAAGAUGAGAGGGAAAGCUAUUGCAGCGGCAUGUUGAAAUUCGAAAUCCCAGACAUGCUUGAUGUUAGUGAAUACAUGUAAUUUGAAAAUCAAACUGAUCAAUCAAAUAGUUUUUGAUUUUUCUUUUGCUUUUUUUUUUUUUUUUUUUUUUUUUU